UCAUUCUGCCUCUCUCUCCCCCCUCUCUAAACUUCGGUUUCUGCUUUCACCUUCGCAAUUAAUGCACUACCUUUUUUUCAUUUUAUUUACAAGCAAUACCAAAUCUUCAGUAUUUUUCUCUUUCACUCAGUCUGAAUCCUGCAUUUGAUCCCAAACCUUGAAAUCGAAGAGCUCAUACCCUCUGCUUGGUUGCUGAAAAAACAAAAGGAAUUGGAACUCAUCAUUCUUUGAAUUGUAAGUUUCUUUUAUAUUACUCUGUACCAGUUGCAGAGUAUGAAGUUUUGAUUUCGGAGUUGGGUAAUUUUUUUUCCGGUGUUCUCUCAUUUUGGUCAACUGAACUGAGAAUCAGGAGGUCCUAUGCUUGGUUGACUAUAUCGUGGUUUGAGAUCUCUUCUACAAAACGAGCACUGUCCAUCAGAUGUUAUUAGUCCAGACUUGAGGAAAUGGGGGGUUGUGUUUCAACUAGUAGUAAAAGUACUUGCAGUAGCAGGAGCCAUGGAGAGACUGGUCCUCCUUCCUGCUUUGAGAUUGGGUUCUGCUGGAAAAAGAGCACAAAGAGAACGUUUGCCGAUCAUGUUGUUACACUGCAGCACCUACCCUUUAUACCCAGCAGGAUUUUCACAAAUGGAAAGAGUCGAACAUCUUGUAUAUUCACUCAGCAAGGUCGAAAGGGCAUAAACCAAGAUGCAAUGAUCGUAUGGGAAGAUUUCAUGCCAGAAGAUGUGACAUUUUGUGGUGUAUUUGAUGGCCAUGGUCCACACGGCCAUCUGGUUGCCCGCAAAGUGAGGGAUGCUUUGCCCAUUAAAUUAUUGUCAUUCUUGCGUUCUUCUCAGUCCAGAGAAAGUGGAACGGGUAGAACCCGUUUCAAAAGAAAGCCAAAGAAAUCAGAUGCUGAAGAUCCUGAGAAGGAUGAUGGCUCAGCUGAAGAGAAAUUUAAUUCAUUGUGGCAAGAAGCAUAUCUGACAGCAUACAAGUCGAUGGACAAGGAGUUGAGAUCCCAUCCUAAUUUGGACUGCUUCUGUAGCGGAAGCACAGCUGUCACUCUUGUGAAACAGGGGUCCAAUCUUUUCAUGGGAAAUAUUGGUGAUUCUCGGGCAGUUCUGGGAUCCAAGGACAGCAAUGAUUCCAUGGUGGCCACCCAGUUAACUGUUGACCUGAAACCUGAUUUGCCAAGAGAAGCUGAGAGGAUCAAACGGUGUAAAGGUAGAGUCUUUGCGUUACAAGAUGAACCUGAAGUGUCAAGAGUUUGGUUGCCAUUUGAUGAUGCCCCUGGACUUGCAAUGGCUCGUGCAUUUGGGGAUUUUUGUUUGAAAGAAUAUGGCGUGAUCUCUAUUCCUGAAUUUUCUCACCGAGUACUAACGGAGAGAGAUCAGUUCAUUGUUCUUGCCUCAGAUGGGGUUUGGGAUGUAUUGAGCAAUGAAGAAGUGGUUGAGAUAGUGUCCACCACUCCGACUCGAUCUUCGGCUGCCAGAACCCUUGUGGACUCAGCUGCUCGUGAGUGGAAACUCAAAUACCCAACUUCAAAGAUGGAUGACUGUGCGGUGGUCUGUUUAUUUUUAGAUGGGAAAAUGGACUCAGAAUCUGAUUAUGAUGACCAAGGGUUUUCUUCUGCGACAGUCCAGAGCAAUCAUUCCGGUAAUGUGGUUGAAUCAGAUGAUGGCCAAAAGUCUGAGCCCUGCUUGCAAAGGAAUUUUACUGUCAGGUCGGCCGAAGAUAGUGAUUCUUAUGGAAGAUUGCUGACCGACAUGGAAGGCGAUGGUGAGACAUUGGCAGCCGAAGAUCAAAAUUGGUCAGGUUUGGAAGGUGUCACACGAGUGAACUCGCUCGUUCAACUUCCAAGAUUUUCAGAAGAAAGACCAGCUUCAUAAAUUUUUCGUUACUCCGGUAGUGAUUAACUGGAGCCAGCCAGCGUCUUUGUUAGUUCUUGGGAUAUUUUGUGCAUCAUUAUACCCGGGGGAAGGUAAUUCCUUCUGGAUUGAUGGCAUUGUUUUCAAUAUUGUGUUGGCUAGUUACCAUAGCAGCAUCCUGUUUUGUUCUAUUUCACAUGGUAUUUAGUACAGCUUUCAUAAUGGGAUGAACUGAAUCAAAAAAGUUAUGUGAAUAUGGUUCCACUUCCUAUGAUGAAUGUUACAUCUUGUUUCUUCAAGAUAAUACUGUACAUGCUGAAUUUAAUUAUUUAUAUCUUCUGUUGGUGCUCUGUUUUGUCUGAAA